GACGAUGAUGGUGUUGGUGGUGGAGAAGACGAUGAGACUGGUGUUGAUUACGAUGAUAAUAUUAGCAUUUGGUGGUUAUGCAAAUAAAAAGGCAAACACUGUUAAUGCCUAUGAACAGUUACUAUUGGUACGUGCAACGUGUAACAUUAAAAUAACAAAUAAAAACGUGUCUAACGGAUUAUAACACAAAAACGUUUACAAUUUAUUAAUAAUUGAAUUAAUUACAUACUAAAAAAACAAUUACAUAACAAAAAAGAAGCAAUUCUAAUUUAUAACUGAAAUAAAAUGGCUGGCCCAUUUUUAUCUCCCUUGCCCGGUGAUCUUUUAACAGAAUAUAUGUUCGGUCGUCGCCGUCAAAGACGUAAUCGUACAACUUUUACACCUCAACAAUUGCAAGAAUUGGAGGCAUUGUUUCAGAAAACCCAUUAUCCUGAUGUAUUUUUACGCGAAGAAGUCGCUUUAAGAAUAAGUCUUAGUGAAGCUCGUGUUCAGGUGAUUAAAAAUGUUUUACAUUUUACGUUCGUUACGUCGUUUUACACACUGGGCCAUCAUCAACAAAAUCAACAUUUGACACAAGCCUUGCAUGCACAAAUGCAAAAUGAUCCUCGUUUAAUGGCCGCCUUAGAACAGAACUCAGAUGAAGGUUCAGACGGCUCCGAUUCAGAAGAAAUCGAUUUGACUUCUGGCUCAUGUAUAGAUUUUUCAAAUAAACACCAAACUGUAGUGGUGGGUUCAGCGGCAUCGUCGUCAAGUCCAACGCUACAUGCCCAGCAGCAGCAGCAACAACAACAAUUACAACAAGCACAAAUGGUGGCCACCAAUGGAGUGCAUUGAAAUUCUGUCAUUCUUUUUUCUUUCUUUAUAAUAAUCCAAUUUGAAAAUGCAAUAAACAAAUUAAUCGUAA